AUGAUCUGCAGCCGAAUCCAACGGGCCGUGUCCCGAAGCGUUGAUUCUCACUUCAAACGUGAACUCGCCAAUAUCAAGGUUUUUGAAAUAAUUAAACAUUUUAUAUGUAUAUUCCAAGGUACGCUCAAGGUAAACAUUUUCAGGAAGGUGGUACAUUCAAGACAGAAAGAAUUAUUGAAGGGAAGCAAGGAGUACUUGUUAAGGUACACUUCCGAAUUUUUUUUAAUCAAAAAAGAAAAGUUCAGGUCGAAGGGUCAGACAAUAAGGUCCUCAACUUCUGUGCGAACAACUAUUUGGGAUUGAGUAGCCACCCAGAAGUAGAACAUCUGAUCAGAAAAUUCAUCCAUGAGAAGUUUUGAGGUGAUCGCGGCAGGAGUAGCUGCUCUGAAGUCGCAUGGAGCCGGUCUCUCCUCGGUCCGCUUCAUUUGCGGAACCACAGACAUCCACAAAACUUUAGAGCAAAAAAUCGCCCAGGUUGGUUCGAAAUUGACAAAAGUUAAUGAACAAGAAGACCUCUUUUUCCUUUUUCUCAAAAAUUUUAGGAAAAUCGCUAAAGCCCUUAUUGAGGAACUGGACAGAGACCUAGAAAAUCGCAAACUAAACAAAAGUUCAUGCUUUGAGAACAUGAAAAGGUCGUUGAAGCUUCCAAUCGCAAAUUUUGAACACGGAAUUUUUGCAUCACCAAUUCAAUCACCGAAAUUCGAGAAAAUUUUCAGAAAGUUCAAGAAUAAUAGCUUGGCAUCCGACAGGUAGAAGAAAAACUUUUAUAAAUCAUGAGAGAAAUCAAGCAUUUUACUUCAUAGUUUGAAACGUUCUAUAUGAAACACAUCGAAAUUCCUCACACUUUGAUUUCAAGGCAAUUCGAGAGAAUAAUUCAGUUUCACGGCAUGGAAGAUGCGAUCCUCUACGCAGCCUGUUUCGACGCCAACGGCGGCAUCUUUGAAGUUUUGGCGGGUACGGGCAUUUUAUUUUCAGAAGACAUUUUCUCUGAAUGUCUCCGAGACGGGAUUCGUUUUUCAGGAGAAGAGGACGCGAUAAUCUCGGAUGAACUGAACCAUGCGUCGAUCAUCGACGGCAUCCGCUUGAGCAAGGCGCGUCGAAUGCGGUUCAAGCACAUGGACGUCAGCGAUCUCGAAGCGAAGCUGAAGGAAGCCGGCGACGCUCGUCACAGAGUCAUCGUCACGGACGGCGUCUUCUCGAUGGACGGAGACGUCGCCCCACUCAAAGAGAUUUCUGCACUUGCCGAGAAGUUCGUGGAUGUUUGUGAUCAGGAGCUGAUGCUAUUUCCCUUUCUCGCGGAGCUAUUUCAUUCAAAAUCAUUGAAGAUACGAUGCAAUUUUAUUCUUGGAUGAAUGCCACGCCACUGGUUUUUUUGGUAAGACUGGCCGAGGAACAGAAGAAGCCUUGGGUGAAUUAAACUUCUGUUUCAAAGCAUUAAAGUUUUUUGGAGGUCUUACAAAAAAAGUCGACAUUGUAAAUUCAACGCUUGGCAAGGCUUUGGGCGGCUCUAUGGGCGGUUACACAACAGGUAGAGCUGUAGAAGUUCUCUCUUGAAUCUGUUUUUUGAGGCCCGAAGCCAUUGAUAGACCUCCUCAGACAAAGAUCUCGACCCUACUUGUUCUCAAACUCUUUGGCACCGAGCAUUGUUGGCAGCAGCAUCAAAGUUGAACUUUUCGCUGAAACAAAUUUGGGUUGUUUUUAGGUGCUGGAUAUGCUCAUGAACGACUCUUCGUUUGUGGGAUCUCUUCAAGCAAACGUUUCUCAUUUUAGGUUAAUCCUAAUAUUUUGAAAGUUUUCAGCAGUUUUUUUAGGUCUGAAAUGGGGAAGCUGGGCUAUUCAGUUCUUGGGAACGAAACGCAUCCAAUAUGUCCCGUUUUGCUCGGAGAUGCACGGUAAGAAAUCGCGAUUCUUGAAAGCCUGUCGUGUUUUUUUUUUCAGACUAGCCUCAACCAUGGCUGACGAGAUGUUGCAGAUGGGCAUUUACGUCAUCGGAUUCAGUUAUCCAGUCGUUCCGAAGGGAAAGGCGCGAAUCAGAGUUCAGGUGAGCUUUUAGAAACGUCAUUAGAACCUUAUUCAUCUUUCAAUUAUGAAUAUUUUUCGGGCUUUCAGCUGUCAGCGGCACACACGAAGGAGCAGAUCGAUGAAGCGAUCAUGGCCUUUGGAAAAGUCGGAAAAAAACUCGGCGUUAUAUAA